AUGGCUUCAGAAAUGGAAAUCAACCCUCUCAUAUCAACACAAAAAUCCGACUCUGAGCUUCACGUCGGCCUGCACCCUCUCGUGCUUCUUACUGUUUCCGAUUACAUAACAAGGCACACCUUACGGGGGCAGACAUGUCCUAUAGUCGGAGCGAUUCUAGGCCAGCAAAAUGGAACGAAAAUCACAAUGGAACAUGCUUUUGAGUGCUUGACACGGUCUCUACCCAACGGUGAUCUCUCUCUAGACCAGGAUUGGUUUACCAACAGGCUAGACCAAAUGAAACUUGUCCACAAGGAUCGCAACCUGGACCUUGUCGGCUGGUUCACCUUACUCCCCCGCGCCGGUCCCGACCAACGGCUUCUACAGCUACACAACCAAAUCCUCGCCAUCAACGAGUCUGCGGCCCUACUGGCUCUCCAUCCCGAAGACAUCGCUGCCGCUGCUGGCAGCAAACUACCCGUCACAAUAUACGAGACAGUCCUCGAGUCCGAUGAUCAGAGGCAGGGCCAGUCCGCCGGUGGCGAUGAGGAGAUGAAGGACAGCGGAAACGAGGCUGCCGAGAACUCCUUGAGGCCGCGGUUUCGCGAGCUGCCUUACUCUGUAGAGACGGCCGAGGAUGAGAUGAUCAGUAUGGCCUUUGUUGCCCGCGGUGGCGCCAACGCUGGAACAGCAACCGUGAUUGAUGACCCAGCGAACCGGAAGAAGUCUUCAGUCUCGUCCGUUCAGGUUGACACCAAAGGCAAGCGGAGAGCGGUUACCAAGGAAGAGGAGGAGGAAACGGGCGCCGCCGAACCCGUCACCUUGUCUCGCGAAGACGAGGAGCUCGUUUCGACCCUUACAGCCAAGGCAAACGCUAUCAAGAUGCUUUCGGCCCGAAUCCAACUCAUCACAAAGUAUCUGGAGGGAUUACCUCCGUCGUAUCUAUCUGGAGAGCAGAGUGGAUCGGCUUCAGACGUCUCGCAGCAACCCAGUAGCACCACGACCCCGUCCCCGGUCCUGCUACGAUCAAUCCAGGCAUUGGUCAACCGUAUUCAUCUCUUGCUUCCCUCAUCGGUGGAGGCAUUUCAGCAAGACAUGUUGAGCGAGGCGAACGACGUACAGAUUGUGUCGCUUCUCAACGACGUUUUGCAAAGCGUCAACGAGCUGAGGGACGUUGGCAAGAAGUUUCAUGUGGUUGAGCUGGCCAAGCCACGCAAAGGCGACAACUCUUCAUUACUUGGGAUACAACAACAACUGUCUACCGCUGGUGAUAUCAUGUCUUGA